GCAUCCCUCGUUUAUAUAUAAAGGAUUAGAGGCGUCUCUUUUUGUGCUUCCGGAGAAGUUGAAAAGCUACUACGCUCAUACUUCGCUAACCAGGAGCCGUGUUUGGGAAUUUUAUUGCUUGAGCUUAUCGGAAUAUCUACCGGAUUCCGGUCAUAAUUCGAGUUCCAGUUUGAGACUACCUGGAUUAAUUGAGGGAGGGAAAAAGGGAGGAAGGAGGAGCUAGCGUGAAACCCGCUUGAUAACAGAGACAGAUUCACGCGCAAGCAUUUCGGGACUUUUUGAAUACUUUUUAAAAUAGUCUCAGAUUGGAGGAGCUUUACCCAAUCUCCUCUUUCUCCUCUUUAUCCUCUUCCUCCUACAUCUUAUUUUGGGGGUUUUCUUCUUCUUGGCUUCUUUUGGAGUUUCGGAAAGUUUGAGGCAUGGGAGUAAAGGUGGGUGCGGUUUAUUUACAUUGGUCGCAGCCAGUAACUUCUCAUUCUUCCUCUUCGGCUCAGACGCUAGCCUCUGCAAUUUCAUCUUCAUCGUCGAAAAAACAUGGCUGCCGAUUGGUUCAGCGAUCGACUUUCUUAGGGACGUCAACGACGAAGCUAUUGAGGUCUCGAUCUUGCGAAAUCCUAAAGUGUGGAGGACAAUUCCUUAAGAGGGCUUCAAGCGCCAACUUGGAUGGAUUCCCUGACGAAGAGUUUGAGGAAAAUAUUCGAGAAUUAGCUGCAAGAUUCGAUCUUUUGAGCGAUGGUGAUGAAGAACAGAACAAUGUUUCCCACGUCAAGGAUGGAGAAUUAGAUCUUCGUGCUGAUUCCAGGGAAAAGCAAGGCGAGAGCAGUAGCAGCCUCGAGAGUUGUGGAAUCAAUUCUGUACAAAUACCCAGUCCUUUUACGCCACUGAAGCGGGAGACUGUGGAGCCUCCUUGGCUUCAAUUCAAGCCAGAACCGCCAGACUGGCCAGGAAGGGAUAAGAUUGACCAGGCGAAUAUAGAGAGGAAGGCGAACAGAGUGGAUCUUCCCCUUUCUCUAAGAAUCAUAAAGAAGAAGAAACAAUGGGACGAAGGUUUCAGAGAAGCAGGGGAUUCCGCCUACUGCUCUGUGAAGAAGGCUUUCUCUUCGAUGGUGUUCAUCAUACGGGAGCUACACAGCUACACGUUACAGAUGCGAGAGCUUCUCUUCUUUGAAGACCUCCAGGAUAUUCUGGCCCGAGUACAGAAGGAGAUGCACGCUUCAUUCGUGUGGCUUUUCCAACAGGUGUUCUCACAUACCCCAACUCUCAUGGUGUAUGUGAUGAUCCUUCUUGCAAAUUUCACUGUGUAUUCGAUGGGAAACAACACAGCAAUCGCAAUCACGCCGCCUCCGUCUGCCGCCACCGAAAUUGUAACGGUAAAUGAGAACUAUCCCAAGAAUUUUGAUUCUUCUUCGGCAAUGAAGACGUUUUCCGUAUUGUCUUCGCCUGGGAAUACGGCUUCCGUGGGAGGACAAAAUGGCGGAGGCGGAGGAAAAUUCCGCCCUGUGACAAGUGGGACAGAGGGAGAUGGACAGUUCAAAGGUUCCUCAUCAUCGUGGAGCUAUCAGAGUACCAUCAAGCCAACGACGAGGGAGGACGCGGAGUCGGCAUCGGUGGUGGAAACAGAGCCUGGAAGAGGAGAAAUGAUGAGCGAGAAAGAGAUGAAGUUAUGGAAUUCGAUGGUGGAGGAAGCGAUGAGAAUGCAGGCGGGGACGAGGGGCGAAGCUUUGGAUCACGAAACGAUGCAGAGGUUCGUGUCCCCGGUGAAGGCGGAGAUGGAAGCGGACGACGAAUCCGAUUACUUGAGGACGGAGCUUCUGUACCAAAUGGCCGUAGCCCAAGAACCCAAGAACCCUCUGCUACUAGCCAAUUAUGCCCAGUUCCUCUUCCUCGUCGUCCACGACCACGACAGAGCCGAAGAAUACUUCAAGAGGGCAACAGGGGUGGGAAGGGAACAAGAAGAAGAAGAAGGAGAUGCAGAGGCGUUGAGCAAAUACGCAACGUUCCUGUGGCUGGUGAGGAAUGACAUAAACGCGGCGGAAGAGACAUACUUGGAGGCAAUAGCGGCGGAGCCGGGGAACACUUAUCACGCCGCCACCUAUGCUCAUUUCUUGUGGAACACCGGUGGUGAAGAUACUUGUUACCCUCUUGAUUCCCCAGACAACGACUUCAACAAUCUGGUUUAACAAGAAAUUGGAUUGGAGACUUCUUCCUCCUAUAUCUACUUUGUUUUUAUAUAACCCCUAAUAGCCAACCAUCACCACCACCACCUUCAUCUGAUCUCAAAAGUAUAUCUCUGAAAGAGUCACAAAAGCAGAAAGAGAAAGAGCCUUUGGUAGGAAAUGUCGAGUCCUUUUUCCUUUUUUCCAAGAUUUUCUUCUGUAAUCCUCUCUUUACUUCCAUUUUUUCUGAGAAGGUGUUGGCCAUUCCCCUGUUUCUUCUUCACAUUACACUUUUUCUUCUUUAGCACUUGUAGAGGCUUCUGAUGAGAUGCUGGUGAACUACGCAGAUAUUACCCAGACAUGUGGGGAAAACCACUACCGGAACUGUAACAAAUUUUUAUUUUUUCUACUUUAUUUAGUGUUGUAUAUGGAAAAGUAAAAGAAAUAAUAAUUCUUUUGGAGAAAAGAAAAGAAAAUCCAUGUUA